AUGGCGCCAAAGUUGAGACCCAACAGCACCGAGGAAUUAUGUGCUGACGAACCAUCCAAUGGUCUCCUCAACGGGGACGAGUGCUACUCUGUCGAUAUCAGCACAUGCCAAAUAAGGAAUAACGAGAUCCGGGAUUGCGUCUUGGCUGAAGGGACCUACGACUAUUAUCUCACCAAAGACGAAGAGGGCGGCGGAUACCCCCGGAUUUCUUUGUGGACGGUCCUUUUCACCGCCAAGUUCGGGCCACCAGAGUGUGGCGGCAACUUUUGCGAAGUGACAGUGGAAGAUGGCGACCAAAACCAGGAACAAUAUCCCUACUACUGUAAAGUGCUUGCCGAUGGCGAAGUUGAAUUGGUGACUCAAUCUGAAGAUCAUCCUAGAGCAAACAACAUCUUCCAAGCAGGCUCGCAAUUCAUCUAUAUCCAAGAAGAGGGAGGAUACCUCAAGCUGAAAAACGACCCAGAUUACUGCGAAUACCUUUUUUCCAGUGAUACACCAUCCAUUGUCUUGAGUGAUGCGCCGUCCUUUUUCUAUAGUGGCGGACCCUCCACUGCCCCUUCCAUCGUUCCCUCCUCAGUCCCAGGCAGCAUUGCUCCAUCAGUCUUUGACUACAGCUGCUACAAUGAAGAGGGAAUUAGUGGCUUUGACUUGGAUGAUGAUGUCCCGGAUGACUGCUAUGAUGUCAAUAUAAAUGUUUGUACAACAAGACUAGCAAAUGACUGUGUGGAGAUUGAAGCAACCUACGAUUACGGUGAGGGCAACCCAACGAUAUCAGUGGAGACAUCAGUGGGAUGUGGCGUCAUUGAUGAUUAUUGCCAAAUUAGUAUUGGUGACUUUGUCUGCAAUCAAUGUGAGCUUGAGGUCCUCACUUCGGAUCCUCCAAAUGUAUCACAGAAAGUCACAAUGCUGGCAGAAUGUGCGGCUAUCUUGAAUGAUCUGGUGAAACCACAAGACCAAACCAUAUUUCUCAGUGAAGCUGUGGGGUAUUUCCAGCUGGAUGAGAAUGAGGUGGUGUGCCUUUCCGGAGGGCCAUCACUAGUACCAUCCAUUUACCCCUCAUAUUCUUACAGCGAAGCACCCUCAUAUGUCUACAGCGAUUUUCCAUCGGGAGGAGCAUCAUCCACAAGCCCGUCUCUAUUGCCACCUGACACAAGUUGUUACAGGGAAAAGGGAAUCAGCAGCUUUGAAAUAGAUGAUGACGCAGUUGUUGACUGCUAUGAUGUUGACAUUGACAUUUGCACCACAAGGCUAGGCAACGAGUGUGUGGAGAUUGAAGCAACCUAUGACUAUGGAGAGGGAAACCCGUCAAUGACAGUGGCGACUUCAGUUGGGUGUGGCAUUAUUGAUGAUUAUUGCCACAUUAGCAUUGGUGCCUUAUUGUGCAAUCAAUGUGAGCUUGAGGUCCUCACUUCAGAUCCUCCAAAUGUAUCACAGAAAAUCACAAUGCUGGCAGAAUGUGCAGCAAUCUUGAACGAUCUGGUGAAACCACAAGACCAAACCAUAUUUCUCAGUGAAGCUGUGGGAUAUUUCCUGCUGGACGAGGAUGUGGUUGUGUGUGUCUCUGAAGGGCCGUCAUCAGUGCCUUCACAGACAUGGGCACCUUCACAAACAUGGGCGCCUUCGCAAACAUGGGUGCCCACACAAACAUGGGCGCCUUCACAAACAUCGGCACCUUCACAAACUUCACAAAUCCCAUCCAUUUACCCCUCAUACGACUACAGCGAUUUUCCAUCCGGAGGAGCAUCAUCCACAAGCCCGUCUCUAUUGCCUCCUGCCACCAGUUGUUACAAUGAAGAGGGAAUCAGCAGCUUUGAAAUAGACGAUGACACAGUUGAAGACUGCUAUGAUGUUGACAUUGACAUUUGCACCACAAGGAUUGGCACCGACUGUGUGGAGAUUGAAGCAACCUAUGACUAUGGCGAGGGAAACCCGACAAUAUCGGUGGCGACUUCAGUUGGGUGUGGUAUUAUUGAUGACUAUUGCCACAUUAGCAUUGGUGCAUUAUUGUGCAAUCGAUGUGAGCUCGAGGUUCUCACUUCGGAUCCUCCAAAUGUAUCACAGAAAGUCACAAUGCUGGCAGAAUGUGCGGCUAUCUUGAAUGAUCUGGUGAAAGCACAAGACCAAACCAUAUUUCUCAGUGAAGCUGUGGGGUAUUUCCAGCUGGACGAGGAUGAGGUUGUGUGUGUCUCCGAAGGGCCAUCAUCGGUGCCUUCACAAACAUGGGCGCCUUCGCAAAUCCCAUCGAUUUACCCCUCAUAUGUCUACAGCGACGCACCCUCAUAUGUCUACAGCAGUUCCCCAUCGGGAGGAGGAUCAUUUUCGUGCUAUGACGACCUUGCUGAGGGCGAGGUCAAGAAUGACGAUUGCUAUGCUGUCGACAUUGGCAUUUGCAAAGAAGAUUUUGGUGGUGGUUGUGUCGAGACAUAUGCUACUUACGAGUACUACAACAGCGUACACCCAGGAGGCAACCCACGCGACGUUUAUGGGUAUGUCAAUAUUGCAACAACUGUGAACUGUCCGGGGCAAGAGGAUUUCUGUAGCGCAUCAGUUUGCAGUGCCUGUGAAGUGUCGGGCGACACGGUUGCCCUGUUGGAUUGUACGUUUUUGUCACCUGCAGACCAGACCGUGAGCCUGGCCGAGGGAGGCGGCUAUGCGACGUUGGAGAAUGACGAGGAAAAAUGCAACGCCGUCUUUGAUUCUUCGAUCGUACCAUCUACAGCUCCAAGCAUUGUGUCUACCUCGUCUUCUUCUUUCAGCAUUAUGUCUCGUGGCAGUGACGCUUUCACGACACGAGACUUCAACGGAAUUGUCAUGACGCUGAAGCCACACUUGACAUUCCACUUCUUCCCUGGCCAUCAAGAAGAUGAACCCCCCGAAGCCAGUCAAAUCUUGAUCCUGUUGGAGAGAAUCGAAUCCUAUUUUCGAGAUGUUCUUGCCGAAGACCAUGCUUUGAUGAAUAUUCAAUUCGAUGACAUCCAAAAAGAGUACCAAGUCCAUCCGAAACAUCAAUUUGAGCUAUCCUUUGUCGCCAAGAUCACGUUUGAUGCUGCCGAAGAAAGCGCAAGUACUCUCAAGACAAGGGUAGUGACUGAUAUGCUAGCAGACGACCUCAAUCUACGAGAGUUCGUAGGUCGCCGUGCCAGGUUCGUUGACGAGGACCGCACAAUCCGAAACGGUCUGCUGUAUUACACGUCAAACGUCCGAGCUCGAAUAAGUGGUUCGGUGAUAGCCUAA